GCGGCAUUCCCGGCUGCCGUUAUCCAAACGGGAGCAGCGGGACGGCGCGGAUGCUGCACCGGGAGCCGCGGGGCCGCCGGAGCCGAAGGCUCCCGCUCGCAUCCUCCUCUUCCUCGGGUGGUUUUCCCUCCCUCCUCCUCCUCCUCCCCCCCCGCCCUGCAUUUCCUCCUGCACCUUUAAGAAGCCCAUUGCCGCCGGUGGGAUGGUGUGUGCUAAAGCUGCACAGAGGAAGUUACGCAGCCGGGAUCAGGCACGGAGAUAAAAGCUCCGAUUGUGAUUGAAAGUGAGAGCAAAAGGGAUUUCAGCCUCGGCAUUAACUUGCGAGGGGAGCCGGGAUUGCACAAAGCUCCCCCGGCCAUCUGCCCUUGGGGGCCGGCGGCGCAGCGCCUGCCCGCCGCGCUGGGCUGGGCUUAGCUGGGCUGGGCUGGGGGGUGUGUUUGGGGUUCCCCCCGGCCCCGAAGUUGCUCCGCCGGGAGCCCCGCACCGCAGAGCUCCCUCCCGGUGCCACCUGCUGAUGAGCUGUCCCUUUGCCCUGACCAUGAAAGGGAGAGGAGACCUCAGGUAGCCACAUGGAUUGCAGCUGAAGGCUUUGGGAACUUGGUGCUCAGUUGCCAAAAGGCAGAGCUGGACAAAUCCUCACCUGCGAGUGCCUCACCACCACCACAGGACACAACAGGAGCAGCAGAGGCCAGCACUGCUCCUGUCAACCCAGUGACCACCCAGCAUCCUGCUGGGACCACCACGGAUCUUGACACCUGACCUGUUCAUGUUGACGCAACCAUCCUUUGGGAAAAGGGAAUUUUAGCUCCAAAGGAUCUCUCUUGUCAGAGUUGUACUGAUGACCAGAUGCUCUAUUCAUUUUAUAUGUUAAUGUUCAAACUCCCUAGUAAUUAAGGCAGACACAGUUUAAGGCACUUCCCCAGCGACGCAUUUGCAGCAGACAAGAAGGUUGAGGAAAACCUGAUCCAGCACCAUCUCACGGCCUCUCCAAUUUACUCCUAUCAAAUUUCAUCAGCAAGUCAGAACUUGAUCUUUCUAUUGAUUGACUGGAGUCACCUCUAGAUAUUUUCAUGCUGAUUUGGAAGACCUUUCGUACAAUAAAAGGGGGGAAAAAUGAGGUUAAGGAAGACUUUUGACCACUGAUCAGCAACUCUGGCCAAAACUUUCCCAAUCAAGUGAAUUGCAAAGUUGGCUUCUGUGCCGAGAGGAACAGACACAGCGGGCAGAGUGGGAUCAUCCCUGUUACCACCUGGGUCUCCUUCAACUGGAUCAUUUUUAGAUGAGGAGUUUCCAUGCUGAUCCCGAGAGCAACCCCUAGCCCAGUAGCUGCCUUCCUCGGGACUCCCGGCACUGCCCUCGCCCAGGGACCCCGCGCUUGGCAACAGCUGCCAUGCUCCACCUGCUUGCUCUCCUCUUGCACUGUGUCCCCUUGGCCAUGGGACAGUAUGACAUUUGCAAGUCCUGGGUGACCACGGACGAUGGCCCCUCAUGGGAGUUUUAUGCUUGCCAGCCCAAGGCCAUGCGGAUGAAGGAUUAUGUGACGGUCCGGGUGGAUCCGGCAGGAAUCACUUGUGGGGACCCGCCCGAGAGGUUCUGCACCCAUGAGAACCCGUACCUGUGCAGCGACGAGUGCGACGCCUCUAACCCGGACCUGGCCCACCCGCCCAAACUCAUGUUCGACAGUGAGGACGAGGGGCUGGCCACGUACUGGCAGAGCGUGACGUGGCGCCGGUACCCGGAGCCGCUGCUGGCCAACAUCACCCUGUCCUGGAACAAGAGCAUCGAGCUGACGGACGACAUCGUGAUCACCUUCGAGUACGGGCGCCCCACCAUCAUGAUGCUGGAGAAGUCGCUGGACAACGGGAGGACUUGGCACCCGUACCAGUAUUACGCAGAUGACUGCAUGGAGGCCUUCAGCAUGCCAGCACGGAGGGUCCGAGACCUCUCCACCACCAGUGCCAACAGGGUCCUCUGCACGGAGGAGUAUUCCCGCUGGGCGGGCUCCAAGAAAGAAAAGACCGUCCGGUUCGAGGUCAGGGACCGCUUUGCCAUCUUUGCUGGCCCCGACCUCAAGAACAUGGACAACUUGUACACCCGGCUGGAGAGCGCCAAAGGGCUCAAGGACUUCUUUACCGUGACUGACCUGCGGAUGAGGCUGCUGAGACCCGCCCUGGGGGGCACCUACGUGCAGAGGGAGAACUUGUACAAAUACUUCUAUGCCGUCUCCAACAUCGAAGUCACUGGCAGGUGUAAAUGCAACCUCCACGCUAACCUGUGCACCUUCAAAGAGGGCAGCCUGCAGUGCGAGUGUGAGCACAACACCACGGGGCAGGACUGCGGCAAGUGCAAGAAGAACUUUCGCUCCCGGUCUUGGCGAGCAGGAUCCUACCUGCCUCUCCCUAACGGGUCCCCCAAUGCAUGUGCAGCUGCAGGCUCAGCCUUUGGCAUGUAUGAGCGACCGCAGCGGGUAAACACCCCAAAAACUACCACUGCAAAAACGACCACCACAACAACGCCCACCACCACCACCACCACCUCAACAACCACCACCACCACCACCACCACCACCACGCCCUUACCAGCCACCACCACCCAGCCAGGUGGGUGCCACGCUCGCUGCCUCACCUGGAGGCCGGGACUCUUCCCAGCUCCUCUUUUCAGCUGCUUCCCGUGGGACUGCUGUGUCGGUGGCCCUGGAUAUCUGCUCUGUAGGAUGAUGAUAAAGAGACAUGGAUAAAAAUCAUCCUGACUCAUUUCACAUCUCCCAGCCUCCAGGCAGCUCUGCUUUGCUGUUGUCUCUAUUCAGCUCCUGUCCAACAUGAGCCAGGAGCAAGGUUUAUGGUCCCUGUAAGCGGGGACAGCCACAGCAGGUCCACCUCAAAGCCAAGAGACAACCACCCCAUGGGUUGCCAUCCCACCUCACCAGCUGUCCCCUGUUACCAUCAGGACAGCAAGAAGUAAAGCCAGGACUGGAUGUGGGGGAACCAUGGCUUUUCCCUUUUUUUCCUCUCAAUUUUGUUGUUUUUUAAAAACGGAAGGUUUUCAAAAUCCAUCCCUCCUAGAGCCACUUGGCAAUGCUGUCCUGCACAGGGCUGGCACAGCUGCAAGAGGUGCUCUCUUACAGCUCCACCACAAGGCAGGGCAGGAAGGCAAGGAAGAUUUUACUGUCCCAUAAUAAAGUUAAACCACACAUCUCUCUGGAAGGAGAGGGGAACUGCACCCCAUCCUGCUCCAUCCCUGACCUCCUGCCAACGUACCCCAGGCAGCUGCUGUACAAUCAGCCAGGGAGCAUGUGGGGCUGGAACUCACACACACGUGCCAGAAACAUCCUUUCCUAAUUUCCAAAAUCACCCCGUGGAGGAAAACUUCUGUCCUUUCCCUGGGGGUUCCUCCUUCUCUCCCCCCGUGAACAAGGAGACGGCGUUUUCGCUUGUCUUUUGGAAAUGAGCAGAUAAAACUUAACAGCAGGACAUUUUUUUUAAGCUUCUCAUGGGGGAAUUAGACACGCAUUCCUCCCCUUGCCAUGCUUUCAGGGCCUGAUAUUUCCCAGGAGGACGUUUUACACCCACAGUAUGUUAGUAACAGUCUGUCUGGGGGAGCUGCCAGAAGCCAGUCAAAGGGAUGAGGAAACUUGAUUGCAUGUUUAUGCAAAUACAGAUAUAUUCAUGGAAGUACCCUGCUUGGGGAGUUAAUCAGGAAGCUGAGGGCUUAGGACCAACUUCCAUGGAGUUGGAGUGACCCUGGAAACAAAGUGGAAGUCUCAGCUCUAUUAAGAAGUGUUCCUCACCCACAUCCAUGCUGCACAUGUGCAGGAGGAGCUUCAUCCACCACCCCUGCCUGGAGCUCACACCAUCAGCACGGCCCCAGCAGGAGCAGUGGUCACAUCUCCAUCCACACCAAAUGCUUGGGGUCAUUUGAUUUUUAUCCAUGCUCUCCUGUAGCAACAUUUUAGGGCUAAUUUUUAGCUGUGUACAUGUGGGUGAUGUGCUUAGUGCCUCUCUUGUGUCUGACUUGCAGUGCCUUGUGUUGUACAACUGGCGUGGGCAGGACGCAUCCGUGGGGCUGGGGGUGGUGGGGGAAAAUCUCUCCUGCCACACUUCUCUGAGGGACCUGAAAGACAUCAUGCACCUUGGGGUUUAUUCCUUCUCCAAACCUGCUUCCUGGCCAGAGAAAAUGUUUUCCUCAUGCUUUCAUUAACUAAGGGCAAGGGACAAAAUUAAUAGAUGGCAGCCCAGCUGACAGAUCCCUGACAGAUACAGUCAGGCCUGAGCUCCUUGUCCCUAUCCAGAUCCCCAUCUGUGCUUCUGCACAGCCAGGUCCCACCACAGAGUGGUGACAGUCCCUGGAGGGGCUGUCCCACAUAAGAAGGCAGCCAGGGCCACCCAGGAACUCAGGGACCUGCUCCUACCUGGACAACAUGCUGGGUUUGAUGACAAAAGUCCACCUGUGUUCUUGACCAGCAAUAGGGAAUCAAGACCCAGCUUAAUUCUGAUCUGCUUUUGGCCAGAGACGUUCCUCCUCCUCCCUGCAAAACAUAAAGUACUUCUUUAAACACUGUGACAUCCCCACAGGGUGCAGAUCUAACUCACCUGGACCUCAAGGGAAACAUCCUGUUAAAGAGGUGACCCCUCGAGCUCCUGGUAGGGCACACGUUUGCAGGAGAUACAAUAACCCCAAGCAGGGUCAGAAUCCCAAAGUGAGACACCCUGUUGUCACCCCCUUUCUGACUUUUAGAAGCAUUAAAAUCCCUCCUUGCUUUAAAGCCACCUCAGUCAACCAGGCACUUAAAAAAGUCCUGUCAGAGCCCUGCCCCAUCCCCGCGCCGCUUCACCCUCUAACUGACACACUGUCUUCUGCCCUCUGAAUUUCUUCUUCCCACCAUAAGCAAGCGUCAUCAGACCAGCCUCUGAGUUUGCUGCCUCUGUGCCCGUGACAGAAACACAGAAAAAAGCAGGUAUUUAAAGCCAGCCCGAUGUGUUUUCCCCCUUCUCCUUCGUGCCUCCGCACACUAGUGGGUAGGAGCAAGGCAGAAAGCAACGCUGCACGUAGGCUUAGAGGAGUAGAUUAGAUUUGGGUUGUCUCUGGGUUGCAUGGAUCUGCUAGACAUCUGCUUCCUUUGGCUGCUCGUGGUGUUUUCCGUGGUCAAGGUGGAGCUGUGGUCGUGUUUGGAGGAUGCUUUUGUCACCUGCUGUGCGGUGAGAGGGGAGAGAAGAAUGAGUUCAUGGGCAAGGCCUGUGGUCUGAAGGCAGUCAAGGCUGCCAAAAUGGGUAGAAGAAAGGGAAACUGCAGAGUUACCCUAAGGAGGAUGAAUUAAGUGCUAUUCUCCUUUGCCUUCUGCGGUUCUGUUAUUUCAAAACCUUCCUUGAAGCCUGUCAGAUUCUUCCUUGCCAUUUGUUACAUUUUUUCCCGUGUUCAAAAUAAGCAAAAAAAUAAGCUUGCCCUCCUCUCUCUGGUUUGUGGCAGUUUCAGCAGUGCCAGUUCACCUCUGGGAAAAACAGAAUGAACCUGAGCCCUACUUGAUGGUUAUGAGCUCCUGACAGCCUGGCUUUGUGGGGGUCCUGCAGAAAGGGGACCCCUGUUUAUGUUUUGAGCAGGACUUUUUUGGGGCCUCCCACUACCCCCAGCACUGUUUGCCCCAAUGGUUUUUGCUAUAUAGUGUGACUUCUUUGUUCAAUUUAUUCCACUUCUCCAGAAACCCACCAAGAACAGCGAUUUCCAUCAGAGCUGCCCAUCGUUUCCCAUUUGUACAACCUGGGUCUGGGGGCAAAAUGUGCUUCUCCCCCUCCCAAAAUGUAAAACUGUCCAUUAUGGCCCUGAGCUGCAAGGGAAAGGUUCUCAGGAUAAUGAGCAUUAAUAAUUUUCCUGGCUCUGUAAAUGUGAUUGAGUGGAGGUGUAUGUGAAUGACUAAAAAGCAAAAUGCCUCCAGGGCUGUUUUUUAUUGUUACUCUAAUUAAACCCUUGCCAAUUUGCACCGGGCUUUUUUCAUAUUCUCUUUAACACCAUAUUAAUAUCAAUUGGUUUCCACUUUCCAGCUGAAAAGGACAAUGUCUAUCACCUUCUCUUACAGCUCGUCAUUAAAAAAAUUAUUUUUUUUUUUACUUUUUCAUUUUGUAUUGUUUAUCAUCCCCCUGACAAGGCUGGGAAAUCACAUUUUUCUCCUACUCGGGUUUGUCCUUUGAAACUUGGCAAGGAUCAAGAGAUUUUUUUUUAUUUUUUUUUUUUCCUCCUCCUCCUUAUGUUAUCCAACUGGAGCUCGAAAUUAAUAAUAUGGUUUUUAAAAUUUUUAGUCCUUGGUUUGUUUUCUAGCAAACCUGAAGAUUGUUACCAAUACUGAGGAGCUGGGGAGGGGGAUGGAGCCAGUGGGGGUGAGGGUUUGCAGGGAAAUCAAACAAGUGAGCUAUAAAUUUCUUGCUGGUUUAAUUUCCCUGCAAACUGGCAUUUUCUGAGGGAAGGCCUGGAAGUUGGGUUUAGGAACCAGGACUUGGUGCCUCUGUCCCAAUACACCUGUGCUGUUUCUCAGUGCUGUUAUUUCAAAGGGGUGCAGAGCAGGUGCUGAUGCAAACACAUGAGCAAACCCCUGUGUGUUGAGCUGAGCUGAGAACAGGCAGCUCAGCACAUGCUGCCAUCCUGCCCCUCCCAAUCCAAGGGCUUCCCAGCCCCUCCAGAGCCUGAGGACACACUGGCCACCCUGUGCCAGCAGCAGUGCUGGCAUCAAGCAGGUGCGAGAACCCGCAUGGCACAGGGUUGGGGUGUUUGCUUUGGGGCUCUGGCUCCCCCUCGGGGUUCUGCAGGGCUGCUCGUGGGACACCAGCCCUCCCAGCACACCCAGUAACACAGAUUUCCCCUCUGAUCACUCCAAGACUACACCGACUUGUCGGCGGCUGCCCCGCUGCAGGUGGGCUCUCCCCCGGCCCAGGCUGGCCCAGGAGCAGAAGGUAGGAGCCACUCAGUGGCUGAGCUGGGUCCUCCCAGUGAGAACCAGCUCCUGGUGCUCCGAGAACACUUUAGUUUCCCGCUCUGAACCUCUGCUUUCCAUGCCUCUCUCCUCCUCCACCUGGGAAAAAGCUCAGGGUUUGUCUGUGCCCUGCACGCAGCUGGGACUCUGGUGAGGCUGCUUUGAGCCUCGGGGUUUAGUCGUGUACAUGAAAGAUGAGGAUGGUAAGUGGUAGAAGGGAUUGUUCACAGCUUGCUGCUGGGGUGAACAGAGAGGAUCAUGGAAAUCCUGUCAUCUCCCGAGACCGGAGCCUGUUUGUAGAGCAGAAUCACUCUGUAAAUGGAUAAGCCUGUGCUGUCUAGAGCAUAGAUGCCUUCUUGUUCUCCUGAGUGACUGCCUAAGGUGAGCUGCUCCUGGUGGGAACCUUGGGAGGUUUCACACUGGCUGUCAAGGCUGAAGCUUCUCCUCCUCAGGGUUCCCACCAGCACACACUUCAGCAGCUGCCCACUGGUGCUCAGCUCCCAUUUCCCACCCAAGAUCCUGUAGCUGCUCCUGCUGUAGACAUGGGCAUCACUUCCAGUGCAGAACACAGCACCCUGGGCCUGUCUCUGGCCUCACAGAGAGACAAACUGCAUUUGGUGCAGUAACAGGGGAUGGGGCCUCACCACAGCCAUCAGGGCUGGGUGGUGCUGACAGUCUGUGCUGAACCAGGAGGGCUGUGCUGAGUCCUGACAGUGGUCUGCAGAUUUGGCUUCUCUCCGUGCUUGGGCAAUGUAAAGACCACAUGCCAACACUCAGCCACCCAGCAGCUCCCACAGCCCCCCCUUAGGAACGCUUUCCCUGUCUCUCUUCACAUUUAGAAAUGCUAAUUUUUGGGAGACUUUGUCUCUGGUUCCUGCUUCAGCACAUCCUCAACCAGAUACGGCUCCACUCACCCACCCUAGAGACCUGCCUAGAGCUUCCAGUGUCCCUUUGCCACCUUUGUAAGCACACAAGGGGGAGAUCUGUGUUAAAUCUGAUGUUCUCUCUGAUGCCACCUGUGAUGACCCACCAAACACAGCAGCACUUGGACGCAAGCUGAAGCCCCCAGACCCUCCCAAGAACAUGCGAGGUAAGGCUGUGCCCGUCCCCAGGGUCAGGACAGGACAGGUUUCUCCCUCAGUGCCACAGGCCAGGACAACCCACCUGUCCUCAACAUGACCAUCAAAUAAUCUAGUCUCCUUCUUGGAGGGUCCAUCUCAGCUCAGUUCUGCUCCUCCAGCCCCACGGAGGUCUUUUUGGAGACAUGUUUGGGGCUGGCAGAGCCCAUGGGCUGCUUUGGGAAGGAGUUUUAUGCCAUGGCCAAAGUCAAUUGGGCAAGGUUAAUUGGGCUGAUGGGCUGCUCUGGCCCAUCAGGGCCAAGCCUUGUUAGCAGAUCAGCCUGUUCCCAACAGCCCGUGGAGCCUCCUCAGAGCCAUGGCCCCCUUCUCACUGAGGGCUGUUACUGUCAGGACGUGACUGACACAGGUGGUUGUAGCUGGCAGUGCCCACCCAGCGCCUCCCUGAGCCCCACAGCACUUGCAAGGGCUCGUGUUCCACAAAUAAGCAGCCAGACCUGUUCCCAAACACCCUGUGGGACCUCAGUGCUGCUCCACCUUGCCCCUCACUGGGGUCACCAAAGCGCAAAACCCCCCAAGCACCAACCAAACCCCAGCAGCUCGAUGGCCUUUACCCC